AUGGCCACCGUGACCGCCAAAAUCAAGGCGUUGGAGCCUGGCGAGCGUUUUUGCUCGUUCGAGUUCUUCCCGCCGAAAACUGACGCCGGUUUCAGAAACUUGCUAGCUCGUUUGUCCCGUAUGAUGGCCCUCAACCCGCUCUUCCUUACGGUUACUUGGGGAGCCGGUGGAUCCACGGCAGAAAAGUCGUUGGAUUUGGCUGCUACGUGCCAGAAGGAGCUUGGUGUGACGACGGUGUUGCACUUGACUUGUACAAACACGAAUAAGGAGAUUAUAGAGGAUGCGCUUAAGAGAGCUAAGGAAGCAGGCAUUAGGAAUAUCUUGGCUUUGAGAGGUGAUCCGCCUAGAACCGAGGAGUACUGGACGCCUAACUGUGAUUUUAGUAAUGCCGUGGACUUGGUGAGGUUUAUUCGCCAGGAACAUGGCGAUUACUUCUGUAUUGGUGUUGCUGGGUACCCAGAGGGCCAUGUGGAGGGAGCUGACGCUUCUGCCCAGGACCCCAAGAAGGAUUUGCCUUAUUUGAUUGAAAAGGUUGAGGCUGGUGCUGACUAUGUGGUUACACAGCUUUUCUUUGAUGUGGAUAAGUUUGUGGCGUACGAACAGCUACUCCAGGAUACGCCUCAGUUGAAGAACAUCGUGCUAAUACCCGGUAUUAUGCCAAUCACCACGUACCGUGUGUUUAUCAGGGCCACGAGGUUGUCGCAUGCUAGCGUUCCAAAGAACAUUUUGGACGAUUUGGAUGCUCAUAUCAACGAUGACGAUAUGGUGAAAAAUAUCGGUUUGGACGUUGUCACGAAAAUGAUUCUGGAGAUCGAUUCUCGUACGAAUGGCCGUGUUAGGGGGUACCAUUUCUACACGCUUAAUUUGGAAAAGGCCGUGGCUUCUAUUAUUAAUAGACUGCCUGUUUUGCAGAACAUGAUUCCUCACAACAAGCUGGUCCAGCAUGAUGACGCUAUUGCUUCUGAUUCAGAUGAUGAUUUGCCAGCAGGCACUGUUAUUCCAGCUAAAAACGGCAGAAGAAAGUCUUCUGUGAACGAAAACCAGCUUGCUUCGGCUGAUGCCAUGGACGCCAAAAGAGCUUUGGUGUCUAAGGCUCUCUCCAAGGACCCCAAGGCUAUUGUCGAUAUUUCCACCGGUAAGGGCGUUUUGGGCAAAGACGCCACAUGGGAUGAGUUUACCAACGGUCGUUUUGGUGACUCCAACUCGCCUGCUUACGGUGAAAUCGACGGUUACGGUCCAAACUUGAAGCUUCAUUCCAACAAAGAGGUCCAAGAGACUUGGGGCGAACCAAAGUCUACUGCUGACGUUACCAAAAUUUUCGUUGACUACUUGUCCAACAAAAUCACCGUUUUGCCUUGGGCAGACAGUGAACUUUCGCCAGAAACUGCAUUGAUUCAAGAAGAGCUCUUUGAGCUUAACGAAAGAGGCUGGUUCACGUUGGCCUCGCAGCCUGCCAUCAACAGCUGCUCCUCCCGUGACAAAAUCUUAGGUUGGGGACCUCCAAACGGACACAUUUUCCAAAAGCUGUUUGUGGAAUUCUUCAUUCCUAAGAAACAGUGGGAGGAAGACUUGUUGCCUCGCAUUUCGACCCAAGUGGACGACAAAACCAUCACAUACUACUGUGGAGACGCCAGCGGCCACAUCUCUCUGAACUUGCCCAUCAGCACAGGUAAAAACAGCAACACCAAGUCUGCUGUCACAUGGGGUGUGUUCCCGCUGAAGGAGGUUUUGCAGCCAACCAUCAUUGACUACGAGUCUUUCAAGGCAUGGAACGAAGAGGCAUUCUUGUUGUGGCUCGAGUGGGCCCGUUGUUACAGAAAAGAUAGCGAUUCUUACAAGUUGUUGAACAGCGUGUACAACGACUACUACUUGGUCAGUUUGGUUCACCACGACUUCACCGACGAGUUUGUCUUGUGGACCACUUUACUCAGCGACUGA